AUGAAUCGCAUUCGAACCCACUGUCCUGAACAAGUAAAAUCUAUCACAAAACCCAGUUACAUACACAAAGUUGGCGAACAACCUUUAAAAUAUAUCACGAUUGGACAACUUUUGGAAGAAACGGCCAACAAGUUCGGCGAACGGAAAGCCGUCAUUUCAGUACACCAGAAUACAUUUCUGACGUUCUCUGAGCUUUUACAGAGGGCCGACAAACUGGCUGCAGCUUUCAAAAUAUUGAAUUUGGAAAAAAAUGACCGCUUGGGGAUAUGGGCUCCAAAUUUACUGGAGUGGUAUAUAACGAAAAUGGCAUGUGCAAGAGCUGGUUUAAUUGCGGUUUACUUAAAUCCUGUGUUUGAAGCCUCGGAAAUAGAGUACUGUAUUAAUAAAUCUGGAAUUGCAGCUUUGGUGUGUGCCAAUAAAUUUAAACACCACGAUUAUUACGAAACUCUGUUGAGUAUAGCUCCAGAACUGGAAAACUGCGACCCAGGAAAACUUAAAAGUACGAAAAUACGGUCUCUUAAAACGGUUAUUCGCAUCAGCGAGGACGUUAAACGAGGUACUUACAAUUUUAAUCAAGUUUUGGACCUAGCAAGUAGUAGCAACAUUGCUAACCUACAAAAAAUGCAACACAAAAUCAGUCCAGAUGAUGGUUGCUGCCUCCAUUUCACUUCGGGAACAACAGGAAAACCAAAAGCCGCUUUAGCAACCCAUUUCAAAAUGGUAAAUAGUGGAUUCUUGAUAGGAAAAAGAAUGCAACUGUCUCGCAAACAUCACACAAUUUGUAUGCCGGUACCGCUUUUUCAUGUUUUUGGUACUAUCGUUGGUAUCAUGACAGCACUGAACCACGCCAGUACUAUAGUUUUACCAACAGACGGCUACCAACCCGAUAAAACUUUGGAUGCAAUUAAAAACGAAAAAUGCACGGUGAUUUAUGGAACUCCUACGAUGUAUGCAGACCUCAUUCAAACUCAAGAAAGGCGUAACGAACCUAUUUCUGCAGACUUAGCGGUCAUAAGUGGUGCCCCAAGCACACCACAUCUGCUAGAACAAAUUUUGAAAAUCUUGAAUAUAUCGAAACUGCAUUCGGCUUACGGCCUAACAGAAUGUACCACGACAGUGUUUCAAGCAGUACCAACAGAAACUAAUGCCAAGUCUCCAAUAAUUGUGGAUUACGUACAAGAACAUAUUGAAGUUAAGGUAAUAAACGAAAAUGGUGAUUUGGUACCCUUUGGUACUCCUGGUGAAUUGUGCGUACGAUGUUACAGCAAUAUGUUAAAAUACUGGGACGACGAAGAAAAAACAAACGAAAUUUUAGGAAAGGACGGAUGGCUCAGGACUGGAGACCAGUGCAUUCUUGGAGAAGAUGGAAGUGGAAAACUGAUCGGGAGAUUAAAAGAUAUGAUAAUACGAGGAGGAGAAAACGUUUAUCCAAAAGAAAUCGAAGAAAUUCUGAUCACACAUCCUAAUAUUUUGGAAGUACAAGUAAUCGGUACACCACAUAAAAGACUGGGGGAAGAAGUCUGUGCGUGCAUGAGAAUUAAACCACAAUCAAAUUUAACACUUGAAGACAUCGUAACUUUCUGUAAAGGAGAGUUGGCGUAUUUCAAAAUUCCCACGAGGAUGGAAAUUUUCGAUAGUUUUCCUCGAACAACUUCAGGGAAAAUUCAGAAAUUUAAGCUUACAGAAAUGCUAUCUGAAAAAAACUUUUGA